UAGUACGAUGACUCGACGCCAUUAAUAGUAUUCUCGUUGACGCGUAGAUUGUUUUGCACGUAAAUCAUUUUUUCGAAUGAUUUUCUCGUCAAAGGAACUCUGUUCGAUUAUUCUCCGAUAAUUUCUUCUAAGGAGAUGCGAUAAAUCACGAUCGAUGAUCACAUAAGUGACUUGAAAAUAUUUCAUUUUAAUAAAAGAAGAAAAGGUUGCAUACAACUGGUCGACACAACGCUUUCUAUUCUAAUUAUACGUUUUGGUAAUUUUCUAUGUUAAAAGUGUUUACAACGAUUAAUAACAGUGGUCAUUUAAAAGUUGGUUACCCUGAUCUGACGACGCCCAACUGUUAAUAAUAAGUAGGUGGAGCAUUGCUUACGUUUGAAAAGGAAGUUAGAUCAUCGGUGUUUUCAUUCAUCAAAACGUGAAUGAUAGUACGAACGUUGCAUAUUUAAGAAACUGUAAUUUCCAGUAUCAAAAUGACGGCUGUACAAUCCUGCUGGUCUCCAUGCAUUUGGACGAAUAAUAUUAAAACAGGAUCCAAAGUUGUUGCAUGUUAUACAAUGGCAUUGAGUAUCGUACUAAUUACUUUAAUAUGCUAUCAAAUGAACGGUGGAGAUUCAACGCAGUUAUACAAUCCUCUUUUUGAAGCAGAUGUCAGAGGAUCGAUGCAAGUUUUUGGAAGCAUUUUAAUCGUUUACUUCUUACUUCUUGCCAUCUCUGCCAUUUUAAUGAUAUAUGGAAUCCGUGAAGGUGUACGAGGAUUUUUGUUGCCAUGGUUGGUCCUGUGGUUUUUUUUUAUCUCCUUCCUCUGUGUAUUUGGAUUAUGGCUAUUAGGAGGAUAUUAUAUUUAUUUGGAAUCUGUAUUUAUUACACUAUGUAUUUGGCUUUGGAUGGGAUAUAAUAUAUACUGUUGGUUGGUCGUCUAUUCUAUGUAUAAAAUAUUUGAAGUACUACAGUCGCCUAAUAUUGAAUUACUUUGGCCAUGAAAGGUAUAUUGCAAUAAUGCAAUAAUGUAAAAAAGUGCCUUUUUCUACAUACUCAACACCAAAGUAAGCUGGAAUCCUUAACAUCAACGUUGUGUUCUUUUUUACUUCACUAGUAUCUAGUUUUAGGUAUGGUUUUAUGAUCAAUUUCAUAAGCCUAGCAGUAUGCGAGAAUGAUCAAUGAAUCAUCAAUAAUUUUAAUAUUUAUCUCAAAUACUAUAGAUCUAAAAGUAGAUAUUCUGAAAUAUUAGAUUAAUUCUAAAAUUUAGGAAGAAGUCUGAUCUGCCACACAUCCGUCCACAUUCCAUAGACUUGAUAUAAUGUAUGACUUGUAAAGGAAAUAUGAAGGCACAUUACAGUGACUGAUGGAAUAAAUGAAUUGGAUGAUAUAAAGUUGUUAGCAGUGUAGCUGUUGAAAAAGCUUUUUAUACAAUUAUACAAGAAUAUGCACUUUUUUGUGCAACUACAAAGUUCUUAUAUUUUUCAUAUGAGCUUUAGAAUACCAACUUUACUAACAGUACAAGUAAAAUAUUUACAUAUUUAUACAUAAUAAUUAUUUACUUAUUUUUUUAAUUUUAUAUUUCUAUGACGUACAUUUGUAUGUAAUAUAUGUUAUGUAUACAUGUCGCUUUAUUAUCAUUAUUUUUAAAUGAAAUCUUUUAUUAUAUAUAUAACGUUUGAAUUAUAGACUAUAUGAAUUAUUACCGAUGUUAAUAUGAACUAUUAUUGAUAAUAAUUUAUACAUGUAAAAGAAUUUAUGUUACCUUAAUUAUAAUCUACAUCAUAAUGAAAAAUAAAUACAUAAAUUAUAAUUCAAAAACAAAGAUAAAAUUCAUGACACACAUAUUCGAUACAUGAAUAAUAUUGUAUAUUGGUAUAAACUCAAGACGUGUAGAACUUUAGCGACAAGUAUAGGCAAAAUGUUAAUUAGACGCAUUAAUAAACUAAAUUAGUAUUAGUAAAUUGAACUCAUACUUUUGAAUCUUUCAUAUCUGCGCUAGAUAGGAUACAGAACCAAUGCAAUUUUGAUUUACAACAUAUCUCAAAAAGAAUGAUAAUUAAUAGAAUUAAUAAAACAUAAUAAUAUAUACUGUACAUUAUUUUAUAAUAAAAAUCAGAAUACACAAAUAAAUCUCUACAGUACCUAU